GUUUGAAUUUUGGUUUAAAGGCGUAUUAUGAUAACUUCUAGUUAAGUUUAACUUCAUCCGUAAUUGUUUUGGAAAAUCUACAUUCUGAUUAACUUGCAAGUAUUUUAUACGUUUGAUUUGUAUUUAUAAACCAACAAUAUUUCUUAUAAUUGAAUACCAAUGAUAUAAAUGAGUACCGACACUUGUAAAUUGCAGCUUAGGAUAAAGUUAUUCUUAUUUGAUAAGCAAAUGUCAUAAAUAUAAACAUUUCAUAAAUUUACUAGAGAUUCUUGGGAUGUCGUCUUCUAGCAACAUAUCUCAAUCUACAUACUCUACAUCUGAACCAGAGACUCCCAAUAGUACCUCUAAGAGCCAAAGUCAAAAUUUUGAUCAAUCCUUGAACAAUGAAGACAGUAUUGAUCAACCGUUAAAAAAUCCCCAAAAAGAAUUACACCAAAAGAGAAUACAAUCUUUAAGAAAAGAACUUGAAUAUCUGAAAGCAACAGAAUGGAAAUUUGAAUGUGAUAAGGGUUUUGUUCAAUAGGAUACAUUUAACUCAUUCUAAAAUGCUAUCUUAUUUGUAUAAUUUCUUGAAUUACCUAUUUUAUAAGCAAGAUGAAGAAUCUGAUGAAGAUAAAGAGAUGUUUUUAGCUGAAGAACUUUUACAAUUAGAGUUUGAAGCUGAAAAUGAAGCAUCCAUGAUUGAUCACUCAUACCCUGUUGAACCUCCUAAGCUUGCCGCCGGUGCAGUCUGUUUUCAAAAAACUGGUAUAAUAACAGAUUGUGGUGACGACUAUGUCCUCAUUGAUGGAAUGUUAUAUUUUGCGACACAGAAUUCUCUGAGUUAUAAUGUCAAUGACAAAGUUCUAUAUCUUGGUUACAAGGAUUCAAAUGAUUCAAUAAAUGUUGUAAGAAUAUUGGAAAACCAAGGCUUAUUUUGGGGUGACGAGAAUGAAGAAGAUGUUGAAAACUUCAAUACUAUUGAGCACAUCUUAAUAGGUCAAGUAGAUUAUAGAGAAGAACGUAUGGUUUACAUUGUGGACAGUGACUUGAAAUUCAACUUAGACAAUGUUGCCGGAACAUUCAUUCCAAUUAAAGGUGAUUGGUUGGAAAUGAAAUGUACAGUACAACAAAAUGAAAAGAGACCUGUGGAUAUCAACACAAAACAAGUGUUACAGGUGAAAUCCUUUAAUGCUAUAAGAACCAAAACGAAGACGGCCAUAGUUACUCAGUGGUCUGGAAGUGAAGGGGUUUGUGAUAGACAAAUAUAUAUCAAUAAUAGUGCAUUGGUCAAUGGAUCACAAAUAAAUAUUGGCACGAAGGUCAUGGUAGAAGCAAUUGAAAGCAAUCAAGGAUCGUGCACAUGGAGGGCACUGAAAUUAAUGACUCUCGAAAUUGGGUCCGAGAAGAAUGUGGCAGAGGAAUCAAACGAGGGUCAAAUUAGUCUGGCCCUAGAAAAAGAAAAAAAAAUUCACAUGACAUACCCAUUAAAGUUUGAGAAUGUUAAAUUUGAUCAAACAGAGAGCAUAAUAUUAAAUAUAACAAAUAAGAGCAACAAUAUGUACAUACUAAAUAAAUGGAUAAUGCUGAGUAAGAAACGAGAUUCACAAGUCUGUAUAACGCCAUUCAUCAAUCAACCUAUAAAAUUAUCACCAGAAGAAAAUAUCAGCUUCACUAUAACAUGCUCUCCAAAGUUCAUGGGAUAUGCACAGGAGUGCCUCGUUGUAUUAUUUCGAGGUUUCCAACUGAAGAGACAUAUCAAUAUACAUGUGUGCAGUGAUCACCGACAAGUUAAUUUUGAUUUAAAUGGCGACUGCCAUAUAAUGGAAUCAGAUAAAGCUGAUAUGAUGAGAAAAAUUAGACGCAAUACUAAUUCAUAUGUACCAGGUGUGAAACCAAUCAAAUCACCAGCUUUCAUAUCUGUGAAAAUUGGUAAUUUUCCUAUCCCAGACAAGAUCUGGGCUGUUGUCUUGGGCGAUUCCAAGCAGACCAUCUGUAGCAAUGAUUUCAAUAGGGUAUUAUCCUUCAUUGAAAGACAGCUACCUUAUUUAUCUCAAGAUUUGAAUAUUACAAAUUAUAUUGAUAAAUGGCACGCCCUUUUAUACAUGGAAGAAAUACAAGCUAACCUCAAUAUGCGUGUUUACGACAGGUCAAAGGUAUUCUUGGUACAUUGUGACGAAUAUCUUGGCAUUGAAAUACCAGGGUUGUCAGAAAAGAGACCGUCGCUCAUCAAAGGAGAUAGGGUCAUUGUAAAAGAUAUUUGGAACGAAUCCAAUCCGGAAUACGAAGGCUAUAUACACGCAAUAAACGGUGAUAUGGUGCUGAUGAAAUUCAACAGCAGAUUUCAUGAAUAUUACAGCGGCAGUGAUGUUUCGAUUGAGUUCCACUUUAGUAGGGCUGUGUACAGACGAUCGCACCAUUGCAUCAACCAAGCCCUAUCAAAUUUAGGGCCGGACAUCCUAUUUCCGUCUCGUGUUAUAACUAAAGAAUCUCAAGUGUCCAAUGACGUUUUGGAAGAUAUGAAAUGGUUUAACCCAACUUUAAAUAAGGAUCAGAGAAAUGCAGUGAUUAAUAUAUUGAAAGGCGAAUGCCGACCGAUGCCUUAUAUCAUCUUCGGACCCCCUGGUACUGGGAAGACUGUAACUGUCAUAGAAACUAUUUUGCAAAUUUUAACCUUAAUACCAGACAGUAGGAUUUUAGUUGCGACACCGUCAAACAGUGCGUCAAAUUUGAUAACUGAGAGACUUAUAAAAUACAAGGACUCGUUCUCAGGAUCAGUCGUAAGAUUAAUCGCUAACUAUCUAGUUGAUUCUGACACCAUACCAGAGGAUGUGAAGCCAUUUUGUGCUACAUUGGAUAUAGCCAAAGAGAAUACAACAAAAUCGAAACAUUACGUCAAGGAUAACAUACAACUUAAUUGUCAGAAAUCUUUAAUAGUCAGGCAUCGUGUCACUAUAGGGACGUGCUAUUGUUUAGGAUCAUUAAAACAUUUAGACAUACCUCGAGGUCACUACACUCAUAUCAUUGUGGACGAAGCUGGUCAGGCUACAGAGCCGGAGAUAAUGUUACCUUUGACCUUCACCAAUAAGGAACAUGGACAAAUUAUACUCGCAGGGGAUCCUAUGCAAUUAGGACCUGUCGCUAUGUCAAAAUAUUGUAAGGAGUUUGGACUGGACGUAUCGUUCUUGUGCAGACUUCUAGAGUGCUUCCCAUACUUGAAGGAUUAUGAAUCUUACGCUUGCGGUUUCGAUAAACGUCUCGUCACCAAAUUGAAUGACAACUAUAGGUCGCUGAAGGAAGUUUUAACAUUACCGAGUGAAAUGUUUUACGAUGGGACAUUAGUGCCAAAUGUAGACAAAAGUAUGCCCUGGACAGAGAAAUUCAUUGAUGCGACUUGUCAGAUUUUCGGUUCGGAUGAUAGGAACGGCGGGAUAUUCGUAUAUGGUAUUAAAGGAACCAACAUGCGAGCACAGGACAGCCCGUCCUGGUACAAUCCACAAGAAGCGGCGAUGGUCGCAUUGACGACCUGUAAGCUGUUUAAGAAAAAUAUCACCGAAGAGGAAAUUGGCAUAAUCACACCAUAUAUAGCACAGACAAAAUAUCUACGUUUGCUUUUCGAUUCAAUGGGCUUGAAUCAACCAAAAAUUGGCACUGUUGAAGACUUUCAAGGUCAAGAACGACCGGUAAUUUUAAUUUCAACCGUUAGAUCCAGCGAGUCGCACCUAGAGGAAGAUGCCAAACAUUAUUUAGGUUUUGUUAAAAGCCCGAAAAGACUAAAUGUAGCUCUGACCCGGGCACAAGUGUCAGUUAUAUUAUUUUGCAAUCCACAUCUAUUGUCCAAAGACCAUUUGUGGAGAAAAGUUAUAAGUUACGCCGUCUCUAGUGAUAAGUAUAUGGGCUGUGAUUUGCCAACCAGCCUCUUAAACAAUUUAUCUUUAUGAAUAA